CCGCGCGCCGUCUCCAUGGAGAGAGGCGCGUCCCGCCGCGCGCAGGCGCAAUGGAGCAGGGAGCCGGCGGCUGCGGGGGGAGCGGCCCCGGCUGCGGGCAGCGAGGCCCCGUGGGGGGCGCCCUGAGAAGCCAUGCAGGUCCCAGGUGCCAUGGGGAGAGGCCACCGUUCAGGGUCCAGGGUGGUGAGCCCCUGUCUGAUGUGCUCGUGGAGAGGCUCCCCUGCCGUGGGGAGACGCUUACAACCACCACCAAGAGGCUCCAUGAGAUGUCAGACACAGCCAAGCCACCCCAGGAGAUAGCAGACACAGAUGAACUGCCUACUGUGGCCCUACCAGUCGUGCCCAGCAGGGUGCCAUCCCCAGAGACUGGGAAGGAUCCCUCUGAGAUCAAGCUGCCUCCCUGGCUUGGAAAGUGGGGGACCAGCCCCAAGGAGCAGUCCCCCACCACAGUGCCGGCGCUGCCCCCCACCCCACCCACACCAGCAGAGAAGCCCAGCCAGUCGGUGCCCCAGCGGAGCUGUGUGACCCAUGACUGGCAGAAGGAGGUAAUCGUGGAUCCCCUGGACUCUCGGCCAGGGAAGGAUUUGGGCAGUGAGGACUUACAGCGUGGCUACGAUGGACUGCCGAUCCACCAGCUUCUCUCCUCACUCACUGACAGCUCCCCCCCGAAGGACUGCCCACCCCUCAGGGCCGUGCUGCUGGGGCAAGGGCAGCGGAAGGCCGCAUUGGCAUCCAUGCUCUACGAGAAAUACAGUAAGGAGACAGAGGAGGAGAUCCGUCCCCGCCCGAGGUGCAUGGAAUCUAUCUCCACCACGCACCACGACUACCGUGCCAUGGGUUUCCAGUCCACACCCCAGCCCACCACCCAGCGUCACAAUUACCUAACGGAGCAGCCAACCAGCUUCUGGCUGGAGCAAGCCCGCGGGCUGCCGGGUGUCACUGCCCUCUUCGGCAGAAACAUUCCCUUCAAGAGGAAUGCAGACUUCUCCACUCCCAUUACCAUGUACUUAGGGCAUCCCGAGCCCUUCAGCCUCUGUGACCCCUAUGACCCCCUGAGCAGACAGCUCCAGCCCCACAAGUAAUAAAAAACAAGGGGACACAGGUGGUCCCAGCAUCCUUGCCUACCCCAAGGCUGUCCUCAAGCUGGAUGUUUGGAGGGAGAGCACUGUGUCCCUGGGACCUCAAAUCCCAUGAGAGCAUGAAGCAAAAUGGAAAACCCUUCAGCCCUGUUGCAAGUCACUGUUGACCCAAAACACACUGUGGUCCCAAGAUUUCUUCUUUAGGCAUGGAGGCAGAGCCCCUGGCACAGCCUCAUCCCCUGGGACACUUUUCCUCCUGGCGCACACAGUGGGUGACAGGCAGCCGUUGUUCCAGUCCCCAGGCACAGGUGUGUUCCAAUAAGAGGCGGCAGCGGGGCGGCCAGAGCAUGAGCUCAGAGGAACGCACUGCAGCCCUCACGCCAAAGCAAACCCAUGGCAGCCCUGCCUUCCCAGCACCGCCCAAGCCCUCAACAGCCGCUGCUGCGACCGCCCAGCGCUGGCUCCCCAUGCCCACACUCCUGCCCUACACCGCAGAC